AUGAAGUUGUUAAUAUUGUGCUGUGUACUAUUAAUUCUUGGCAAUUUUGACGUGGUUGAAUUAAAAAGAGGCGGAGGUUCAAGAGGAGGAUCUCGAACGAAAUCAUCAAGUCAUUCCAGUUGGUGGUCGACCGCUAACAACAAAAAAUCAUCGAAUACUCAUUCGAAGCCGGUAAAUCAAAGUCCUCCUGCUCCUGCACCUGCUCCAAAGCCUUCGGCGCCCAAACCGGAGACGAAAACCAAUGUACACACGCAACAUUCUGCUAACACGCAACAUACAAACCAGCAGCCGAUAGGAUGGAACGUCCCAGGAAGCAAUCAGCAUGGCUACAAAAGCAACCAAGGUAAAAAUAAAACAUAAAGUGAUAGAAGACAAAUCCAGCAAUCGCAUAGUUACCCAACAAACAGCCAGCCUGGAGCAUGGGGUAACAACCAGCAUGGUGGUGCUUGGGGCAGCCACCAACAAGGUGGUUCUUGGGGCAGCCACCAACAAGGUGGUGCUUGGGGCAGUAAUCAUCAAGGUGGGGCUUGGGGUAAUCAGCAAGGUUCUUGGGGUGGCGGCUAUGGCCAUCAAGGUGGAUAUAACCAACAUUCCGGUUAUUCAGGUUUCGGAGGAGGUGGUUACGGUGGUUACGGUGGACAUAAUUCGUGGGGAGGUGGAAUGCAAAGUAGUCCAUUUGGUUUUGGAGGAGGAGGAGGGUAUUCUCCUUAUGGCAUGCAGCAGAAAAGAGGUUUUUUCAGCGGAGGUAGUACAUUCGGGAACAUCUUAACUGGAAUGGCUAUUUAUCACGUGACCUCCAGUUUGAUGAAAGGUGUCUUCGGAAGUGGACAUUCUAGGCAACCCUACGUUGUGCAUAACUACUACAAUCAACCACCUGAAGCAAGGGAAGAAAUAAAAUUACAAUCCAACAUGUUGAAAAUGUGCGAGGGAAACCUCACAAACGCUUGUACAGGAGCUACAUCCAUUUGUACUACAAACAACACUGUAUUAUGCGUCGUAACAAUGGCACAAACAGUACCCUGUGAACAAGAAAAAGCGAUGUGCGUUAAUACUACAAUCCCUUGCAUCGAUAAAUCCGAUCCCUUAUGUCAAAAUACAACUAAAGAGCAAACUGAGACCACUUUCAAUGUACCGUGUUAUACAAACUUAUCGAUAGAUGUUAAUUUAUUGAAUGAGCAGGGAGGAUCGAACAAUGGCGAAGAAUAUCAAUACUGCGUUACAACAAUGGCUGUAGCAGGAACAGAAUAUCCGAUAUGUUCCGAAGAAAGUGUAAUAAAGAAACAUGAUUUUAGAAGCGUUUUAGCAGGUAAUCUAACUUAUAAUCUUACUAUUUCACCAAUGAUGAGAACGUAUCAAGUUUAUAAUCAAGAAAACCCAAUGCCUUCUUCCACCGGUCAACUGGUGUUACCACUAGAAUUAUUGAUUCCUUGCAUUGAUAAUGCAACGACACUUUGUCCUCCGGACGUCGUCACAAUUUGUACGGGAUACGGUGAAAUAAUGUGCAUUCAACCAGUCGCUAAAGUAUCUUAUUCUGAUGAUUACAACACUACUAUUUAUAAAAGCACAAUACCAUGUAAUGAGGCAAUCGAAGAUGACUUUUUGUGCCAAAACAAAACCGAGGAAGAUUUGAUCGUUAAAGAUGACAAAAAGUUUGUUAAAAUAGAUAUUCCUUGUUUCGCUAACAUCACCGUUAACACAAAUCUACCGGAUUUCGAUAUAAAUAUAUUCAAUGGUACUCUUCCACAAAUGGCUCCCAGCAGUUUCACGUACCAUUACCAUUUCUGUCUCAUGGAGAUGAGUUUACCAGGACCGGAAACUAGCAUGUGCUUGAUAUCAGACGGUAAAGAUGGUAAAUCUUAA